AUGGUCGAAGACCUUGGAGGCGAUGGCUCUGCUCUCCAGCAUCACCAGUCCGCCGGGUCUUUCAGUUCGGCCAAAUUUGCCCUGCUAGGCAAGAAGCCAACUCGAAAGCCUCUCCCUAGCGGACCGGUGCCGCCGACGAAGGCACGGGCUGCUUCGCCGUCGCCUUCUGAUCCCGACGAGUCGGCGCCCCCGCCCAUGUCUGGCCGAGGCGUCAACGGCCCAGCCGCUUGUAAGGGCGUGAAAUACCGAUGGAUGCCCUGCGAUGACGGUCGGGUCCUGCUGCUCCUGCCAACACCGGAGCAAUAUUCGGACCUUAAAAAAGGCCCAGAAGAUGGCAGCCCUUUGCUCGUUACUGUCGCUGAGGAACUUGGAGCACGAACGCAAGGUGCAUUCCUUAUCGACACCCCGAUGGAGUGUCGACCAGUGCUUCCUCAACAAACGGUUCAGAAAAAACGAUGCACAAUCUACGGGCCGAAGCCGGUAAAGGACGACGGCUUUUGGCAGCUUUUCACCUCGCGCGCAAUACAAUCCUUCCCUGCUUUCGAUAGCAAUCCAAGCAAUUUCGAUUCCGACCUUAGUGUCGCUAUCAAGGAGUAUGAGCAGCUCCUUUCGGAAGCUUCCGAAAAGAAUUUGCAAAGCAUCGAAGGUGUUGGUUACCAAACUGACAUUCCAGCACACACUGCCCAAGAACGCAGAGAUGCUCUCCUACCUCCACAAAGCCCAAUCUGGCGAAUCCGGGGUAACAAACUGCCUCCAGAAGGUGUACCCGGGCUCCACACUCCAACCGCCUACCGAGGGAAGAAGCAUGCACCAUUUGCGUGGCAUUUCGAAGACUACAAGCUGGGUGCCCUCAAUUAUCUCUACUACGGGAAGAAAGUGUGGCCGACCAUGACCAAUUCCUGCGGCACCAAGCGCUGCACUGCGGAAUCAAGCACCUGCGGAGCCAAGGCGUCCCAACGAUGGGGUUUAUGCAAGAGGCUUGGCAGAUGGUUGUCGUCUACCCGGGCGCCUAUCACUCUGGAUUUAGCAUAA